GGCGGCGGAGCGAGAUAUCCCUACCCGAAGGAGGUCUGGUCGCCAGCUGGUGGCUGGUGGACGCGGCCGACGAACUGGAAGACGAACACCGCGAUUGCGUUUGCCGGCAUUCUCACCGUUGCGUACGGUGUGUUCACCUUGAGCGCUGACAAGGAGAAGCGACUGGUGCAACCCUCACGGCCCAUACCUUCCAUGAGAUGGGCAAAGGAGUACAAGGAACAGAAAGAGGCUGCAUAG